AUGUCAUUUAAAGACAAUAUAAAUGAUUAUUUAGAUCAGCUUCCAAAAACAACACUACUGCGUCUUUAUAAAAAUCCAUCAACAUGUCUUUCUGUUUUUCGCCUUUUACCCAGUCUUGCUAAACAAUUCAUUUUCUCAUUGCUGUAUUAUCCGGAUCCUUUUCCUUUAGAUGAUUUUGAUCUUUUAGUUAAAGAAAAUAGUAGACCAAAACAAGCACAAGCUUUAGAUAGAUUGUGUAGAAUUCAUAUUUUUGAAAAAAAAAAUGAUCAUAUUUAUUUCACCGAGAACUUCAAGAAUGAGUUUCUGGUUGCACUAAUGGGAGGAAAAGAUCAUGAUUCAUUUGGAAUACCCUGUUUAGUUCCUGAUAAAAAACAUGUUGAUAUACCUUUUCUUGAUAAUUAUGCUAAAAACAAAUGGGAGAUGAUACUUCAUUUUAUGGUAGGAACAGGAACAGAAAAGUUACCUGGAGACCAUGUUUUGAAUCUUUUACGUUAUAGUGGGCUUAUGUUUGGAUCGAGAUGUGAUGAAAUGAAGAUAACUAAUUCUGGUUUUCAAUUUUUAUUGUUAAAUAUCAAUUCUCAAAUAUGGACUCUUUUGUUACAUUAUUUAAAUAUGAUUGAAGAUUUAGAAGUAGAUCCUGUUGAUAUUUUACAAUUUCUAUUUAUGCUAGGAAAUUUAGAAUUAGGACAAAGUUAUCUUAUUAGUUCUUUAACACCUAUUCAAAUUCAAGUUCUCGAAAAUCUUAAAGAUUAUGGUAUUGUUUACCGUCGUAAAUCAUCUCGACGUUUCUAUCCUACAAGACUUGCAACUAUAUUAACUUCAAAUUCAGAAAUGUUUUCAUCUACUUCUAGCAUUAAAAAUAGUAUAUAUUUAAAUAAAAGCUUAUCAGACGCUGAUAAAGGUUUUAUUAUUCUUGAAACAAAUUAUCGUCUUUAUGCAUAUACUGAUUCUCCAUUACAAAUUGCAGUUUUAAACUUAUUUGUACAUCUUUAUUUACGAUUUUCAAAUCUUGUUGUAGGAGUAAUAACUCGUAAUAGUGUUCGACAAGCGUUUAUGAAUGGUAUAACAGCUGAACAAAUAAUAUCAUAUCUUACUUCGUAUGCACAUCCACAAAUGAAAAAAAAUACUCCUAUAAUUCCACCUACAGUUAAUGAUCAAAUUCGACUUUGGGAAAUGGAAAGGAAUAGAUUAAAGGCUACUGAGGGGUAUCUUUUUCGCGAUUUUAACUCAAAUUCAGACUUUGAAUUAGCAUUAAAGUAUGCUAAUGAACUAAAUGUAGUUGUAUGGGAAGCUCCUUCAAAAAGAGUAUUUUUUGUUAAUAUUCAGGGUUCAAAUAUGGUAGUAGAUUAUAUUAAAAAGAAGUUUUCAAAGUAA